AGAAUAUGAAGGUUUAAUCAGGACUUGGAUUUGGAUUCAUACUGAAAAAGAAAAAAAUAAAAAGGGAAUCCAAAACCAAAUUCGCAGGUUCGUUUCUUCGGUGUUGAAACACUAACUUCAAUCUCCAAUCUCCAUCAUUGUGUUUCUCUUUCUCGUGAUUGGUCGAAGAGAAGGGUGUGGCAAUGGCAGAUCAACCAGAAGGAACGGUGCAGAACAUUCUUGAGCAAGAAUCUCUGAAGUGGGUCUUCGUAGGUGGCAAAGGUGGCGUUGGCAAAACGACAUGCAGUUCCAUUCUCUCCAUUCUCCUCGCUUCCGUUCGUUCCUCCGUUCUCAUAAUCUCCACCGACCCUGCUCACAAUCUCAGCGACGCUUUUCAACAGCGUUUCACCAAAAACCCCACUUUGGUUCAUGGCUUCUCCAAUCUCUAUGCUAUGGAGGUGGAUCCUACCGUUGAACAAGAGGACAUGGGUGGUUCUGAUGGGAUUGAUAGCUUGUUCUCCGAGCUGGCUGGUGCAAUUCCUGGAAUUGAUGAGGCUAUGAGCUUUGCUGAGAUGUUGAAAUUGGUGCAGACAAUGGAUUAUUCUGUUAUUGUAUUUGAUACUGCUCCCACUGGCCAUACACUCAGACUAUUGCAAUUUCCAACAGUUUUAGAGAAGGGUCUUGCAAAAAUGAUGUCUUUAAAAAAUAAAUUUGGUGGUUUGUUUAAUCAGAUGACUCGCAUGUUUGGCAUGGGUGAUGAUUUUGGUGAUGAUGCAAUUCUUGGGAGGCUUGAAGGCAUGAAGGAUGUAAUCGAACAAGUUAAUAAGCAAUUCAAAGAUCCAGACAUGACAACCUUUGUCUGUGUGUGCAUUCCUGAAUUCCUCUCACUAUAUGAAACAGAAAGAUUAGUUCAGGAACUUACAAGGUUUGAGAUUGAUACGCAUAAUAUCAUCAUUAAUCAAGUAAUCUUUGACGAUGAAGAUGUUGAAUCCAAGUUACUUAAAGCAAGAAUGAAAAUGCAGCAGAAGUAUCUGGACCAAUUUUACAUGUUGUAUGAUGACUUUAACAUUACCCAGCUGCCAUUGCUCCCAGAAGAGGUUACUGGGGUUGAAGCUCUGAAAGCAUUUUCAAGACAUUUUAAAACACCAUAUCAAUCCUUAUUUAGUAGAGGAGACCAAGUGGAACGGUUAGAGCGUAAAGUAUCAACACUACAACAUCUGUUAAAAGAGGCUGAAGAAGAAUUGGAGAGAGCAAAAAAAAGUGGAUAGAAAAGGCUUGAUGGCAUCAAUUAAUGAAUAAUGCCAUUUUGGUUCACACAUUAUUUUUUAGCUUACAUCUGAUAAAGUAUCCUUUGCUGUGUUGGGCAGCCAAUACAAGUCAUUCUCUAUUUGCUUUUAUUGAUUGAUGUUACAAUUACCUUUCUUAUGCAUCUCCCCCCCCCCCCCUUCCUCUUUCUCCGAAAAACGAAAGAAAAAAGAAACAGAAAUGCUGAGGUUAGUGUAAUUUGUUUCAUGAAUAUUCUUGUAUCUUUCAGAUUUUGUGUCGGAUAAUAUCCUUUAUCAU